AAUGCCACUUCCAGGGAGAAAGAUACAGAGAGGUGCAUAUUGCUGAAGCUAGCAUCAUGUUUUGUUGAUAAAGCCAGUGAGGAAUUGAUUACCCUGCUAUUUAAGUUUACGAAACAUGCUUUAGAGGUGUUGGAAGGAACUGGCCAGCCUGAAGCAUAUCAGACUUUAAGCAGAAUAAUAGAGAAGCAUCCUUCAUUUUGCUUUUCACACUUUGCUGAGUUGAUGGACUUGUUGCUGAAUCUGAAGUCUCCAUACAAUAUUGAUUCGCUUAAAAGCCGCUUUGCUUGUCUCCGUACCUUGUUUAUCCAUGCAGUAAAGGAAGAUUUGGAUGAUGAAAACACGAAGGCUUUUCUUAUCCUGAAUGAGAUUAUUCUUGCACUAAAAGAUUCUGCGGAAGAAGGCAGAAAAGCAGCUUAUGAUGUCCUUACUGAUAUCAGUUCGAGCUUGCGAAGCACUUCCUGCACCAUUUCUGAUGGACAUUUUCACAAUUUCAUCACCAUGGUUAUGGCUUAUCUUACAGGGUCGUCCCCCCAUAUAAGGAGUGGUGCAGUUUCUGCAUUGUCUGUACUUGUUUAUAAUGAUACAGAUUUAUGCCUUUCUGUACCUGACCUGAUUCCAUCUGUUUUGGCUUUGCUGCAAAGUAAAGCUAUUGAGAUUAUAAAAGCUGUUCUGGGCUUUGUGAAAGUACUCGUAUCAAGUCUUCAAGAAAAUGACCUGCAGAAAUUUCUCCCUGACAUUGUCAAUGGGAUUUUACCUUGGUCAUCUGUGUCUCGCCAUCAUUUCAGAUCAAAGGUCACAGUUAUCUUGGAGAUCAUGGUGAGAAAGUGUCGAGUUGCAGCAAUACAGUCACUUGCACCCCAGAAGUAUCACGAUUUUCUAAGGAGCGUCUUAAAGAAUCGUCAUGGCAAGACAAGUUCUAAGGAUGCUGGCAUCACUGAGACUGAAUCAAAUCCUUCAGAUAUAUCCCAAGGGAGCAAGCACAGGUGGCAAAAGAGAAAGUACGAGGAAUCUACAAGUUCAACAAAAGGAGGAGGUUUGACUGGAUCUAGGAAAAGAGCAAGGCACCAGAGACAGAAAGGCGAUCUUCCUAGUGCCAAAAAGCCUUUUAAGCCUGCUAGUAGCAUCAAAUCACAAGAGUCAGUGGACAGAGAGGGUGAUGCCAAUCAUGAUAGACAAAAUGCAAAGCAGUCACAGUGGCAAAGAAGAGAUAGAAAGGGUAGUUUUAUGAAGGGUCAGUCAAGGGGAAGAGGAAGAGGGAUUUUGUAGAAACUAAGCUGAGGAAUGGGAAAACUCAUAAACCUGCUGCCAAGCUAACCAAUCGUAAAAGGGUAGGGAAGAAGCAGUCGAAAAUUAAUAAAUGAGAUAGACGUGUGAUUAAGUGGCUAAAUUUAAAUUGAAGCUGCACUCAGAAUGACUUCUCUGUGUGCCCUGAAUUUUCAAAAUGUCGGUGAUACAACCGGAGGAUGAAGGUCAAGCACUUUCAGAGCUUGGAGGAGACAAUAUAGAGAAUGAAGUGUGAAGUUUCAGCCACAUUGGCUGGUUAACUGGAGAAGUUGAAAUAUAUACGCAGAGGCUGCAGUCUGCAAGCACUCCGCUCUUGACGGACAAUGGACUUCAGUUUCAGUUAUACAUUGGAUGCUGCCGAGUGUUAACCGCAAAAGGGCGUUGAAGGACCCAAAGAUGUAUAUUGUCUGAUUACCAGCGAAUAUGUGAUUGUACCCGUUUUAUUUGUUUAUUCCCAUCCUCGAGCAACCUUCACAUGUAUUGUUUUUUUUUCAACCCCUAGACCAUAUUUGUAGUGUCCUAAUGGCUAUGUGGUAAUAUAAAUGAAUGUAUACUCUGUACAUGAUUAAUUACAGCGAGAUAUAUCAGGGGAGCAAUUUUCUUCUUUCUUAA